AUGUCUUACUCGAGCGUGAUUGUUGCAGUGAUCUUUGCUUUGGCUGUUGGAUCUGCUAUCGCUCAGUCUCCGGUGUCGGCGCCUACUGUAUCGCCGACCGCAACGCCGACCAAAUCUCCUGUCGCUUCUCCGCGGAAGGCGGUAGCGACUCCUUCUCCGACUCCGUCUCCCGUGGUGACUGCACCGAGCUCCUCUCCGAUUGCUUCUCCUCCUGCUCCCCCAACCUCCGACGCUCCUGCUUCGUCUCCCUCCGGUAUAGCGGUGCCUCCGUCGUUCUCUUCAGCUCCGGGAGAAUCUCCGUCGUCGACUCCCAAUGGCGCCGCUUUGAAUAGAGUGACUGUGGGUGGAUGUGUGGCUGGUCUCUUCUUCGUGUCGGCGUUGUUGCUUUAA